UGUUUUUUGCCAAAUUCAAUAUGGUAUCAGAGCAUAAAAAGCUCUCUCUGAUUUUUCUUGGCAGUUAUUUUUUCUCUUCUUUUCUCAGGAAACAAACAACCUGAUUCUGUCAAUUCUCUUUGAUUUUCUCAUUCAUUUCAAGAACAAAUUACAGAUUAUUGUUCUCCUGUUCAUUGCGAUUCUGAAUCUAUCCUUUUCUUUUGAAAAUGACAAACAAUACUGCACAAAAUGCUUGGAGGCAAGAGGAAAAUCCUUCAAGCCCAUACUAUAUUCAUCCUAAUGAGAAUCCUGCUCUCAUUCUUGUUAGUCCAGUUUUGAAUGGUCCUAAUUACCAUUCCUGGGCAAGAUCUUUGAAACGAGCUCUUUUGGCAAAGAAUAAGAUGCGUUUUGUUGAUGGAUCGAUUCCAGUUCCAGCUAAGGAUAAUCCUCUGUAUUCUGUGUGGGAGAGGAGCAACAAUCUGGUAAUGUCUUGGAUUCAAAACUCUGUUUCUCCUACUAUUAGUAAAAGCAUAGAAUGGAUUGAUGCAGCCUUAGAUGCUUGGACUGAUUUAGAGUCUAGAUUCUCUUUGGAAGAUGCAUAUCGUGUGUCUGAUAUUCAGGAAGAACUUAAUGGUUUUAAGCAAAAUUCUUUGACUGUAGUUGAGUAUUUCACACAUUUGAAGGAAAUGUGGGAUGAACUGGUUAACUUGAGGCCUAUUCCUGGUUGUGCUUGUGAUCCACAAUGCAAAUGUGGUGUUUUUGAUAGAUUGAAGGUGUAUAAAGAUAAUGAUACUGUCAUCAAGUUUCUUAAAGGUUUGAAUGAAAACUUUGCUACUUUUAGGUCUCAGAUUUUGAUUAUGGAACCUUUGCCAACCAUAAACAAAGUCUUCUCCCUGGCUAGUCAACAUGAGAGACAAGUUUCAGGGAUGUUGCCAAAACUAAUUGAGCCUAAUGUUUUCUAUACUAACACAAGCCCUGGGAAUUCUGUUACUGAUCAAGCUUCCAGUUCAAAUGCUAACAGCAAUUUUAAGAAGGCUGAUGGUAACAGCAGCUUCAAGAAGUUCACAGCUACAACUAGUCAGUACAAAUGCACUCAUUGUGGUUUAUCAGGUCAUUCAGUGGACAGAUGUUACAGGAAACAUGGUUUCCCUCCUGGAUUUAAGUCAAAAUUCAAAGGAAAAACUGCUUAUACUAAUCAAGUGGACAGUGCUGUAGAGAAUGAACAGCAUGUUUCAAACACUCCUUAUUCAUCUUAUCCAUCCUCAGUGAAUAUGGAUAUGAACAGAUCCUAUUCAGCUCCUAUGAACACCAAUAAUGAUUCAAUGGCCCAAAAUAUGCAGUUAACUACUGAGCAGUAUAUGCAAUUGAUGAGUCUGCUGAACCAGGAUAACAAUGUACAUGCUUCUGCAAAUACUUUCUCAACCAAUUUCAAUCCAGCAGGCAACAAUUCAGGACACCAACACCUCGAGGAGGAUUGGUUUAGCUAAAAAGGAACAUGGCUUAUACUUCUUGACUCAGCCUUCAUUUCCACAUUCCAAAUCUGUUGUUCCUAGUUCUACUCAAAAUAUCACCUCUGCUGCAAUUUCCAAUAACAACUCAUCUGCUGAUAUCUCAAAACUUUGGCAUUUUAGACUAGGACAUUUAUCAAAUCCUAGAUUAGAUGCUAUACACAAUAUUGAUUCUUGUGUUCCAAAAGCUUCUAUUGAUCAUUGUAAAAUCUGCCAUUUGUCUAAACAAAGAAAAUUGUCCUUUCCUGUUA